GAUACAUGCUCUAGCACGAAUAUGAAGUUCACAAAAAUGCCGCCAACUAAUCAACCUGAUACUCCGGUGAACUUAACUACUAAUUCCGACUUAUGAUCGGGAAAAAAAAAUCCUAGUGGAAGAGGGGAAGAAUGCGAGAAAAACUAACCAAACAGCUGACAUGCUUCACGAACGCGAUCAGCAGGCCACCGUAGAUGGAGAGGGAGCUCCAAGAGUUUCUGCCAGAAAUCUGAACCGAGGGGGAAAGAUUUCUCACCGACAAAUGUUCCAACUAAAUACUCCGCCGUUUCCGCCGGACGCUUCUCACUAUGGCCCGGGGAAGAAGGCGCGGCUCCCAUUCUCGCAAUUCGCCGGCGGCGGUGCUCCCUUCCGUGCGUCGGUAGAGCGCUCAGAGUCAAAACACUGUUCAGAGACCGAAUCCGGCGAUCUCAGCCAGCAUUGCAGAGGGAGAGGGAGAAGAAUAGCUGUCGGAUCUUCCCCGACGGACGGCGGCGAUACUGGAAAAAGGAGAGAGUCUGACCGAGCUUGUUGGCGGAGAAAGAAGGCGACGAAGGAAGGAAGAGGAAUGACAAAUUCUAGAGGCGUUUGCAAACCAAUUGUGAAAGACUGUUUGGUUCGCUUACGACGGAAGGAAGGAAGGAAGUCAUCAGUCUCCUAAUUUUGCCAUCAAUCCCAUUUCCUUUCCUCGUCAUGGUUAUUAAUUAGGAUUGAAGUUACUGUCUCGUCCUUUAUUUUUUGCUCCAACCCAGUUUGUUCUGCCCUCCCACCGCGGGGGUAUUUUAGUCAUUACGAAAUUUAGGAAGGUGAUACAUCCCUGUUAGAGUUGUCAAGUUUUCUAAUUUGCAAUAAGUAUUAGAAAACAAAGCCAACCCAACAUUUCUAAUUUUCUAUAAGAGAAACAAUGCAAAGUAACACUAUUAUUUUAUUUUACUUUUUGUUGGAUACUUUAUUUAUAAAGUAUUUAACUUACAAACCAAUAUUUUACAGCAUAUAAUAUAUUAUUUAUUUGUAAAUUAUGAACAAUAAGUUUGUAAAUAUAAGUAUAUAACCAACCGUUUGUAAUCUUUAUGUCCUCAGCAUUUCAUGUAAAAUUUAUAAAUCAAUUUUACAAACUCGUGGAAUGACAAUCGUGUACUCCCCGAUAUGAAGUGUUUUGCUUUUUUUUUUUUUUUGAAUUUAUCAGAUAACCAAAUAUAGAUUAGACCCUCAAAUAUUAAUUUUUGAUAAAUAUAAACAUAAUUUUAAUAUCAUCUAAUUCAAAUUUAAAGGCAAACUAUCUUCCGUAAGUCCACCCUUAAACCAAAUUUUCAACUAUGAUGAGUUUGCAUGCAAUUCACGGGUCUAUAUAAGUAUGAUAAGUAAUUUUCGGUUAGCAUAAAAAAAAGGCAACAUCCAAACUUACACACGAAUUUCAUGCCUGAUGUCAAAGUCCUAAUCCAUUAAGUUCUAAGACCGUAACUUCUCCCUCAAAAAAAAAAAAAAAAAAAUACCGUAACUUCAUUUCCGUUCUUCAAUUAACUAUAUAAUCAUAGUUCCAUUUUUUUCCCCCGGUAAUUAGACAAUUCAAAGCGGCAUGGUUAAUGAAAUUAUAUUCCAAGCAUAAACGUGCCACCAAUUACAUUUCCACUCCCACAAUUCCUCGUUGACUUAUUACGGUCUUGUUUCCUUCGUCUUCGUUGUGCAUGUAUUGUUGUUACACGUCGCCGGCGGAAUUUUACAGCUCGAUGAAAAUUUCAACGAAGAGAUUUGUGGUCCAGUUCGUUUUAUUAUUUCGCAUAAGCUUCUCCAAUAGCCAAACCAGAUCUAACCUAUUGUUAUGCGUAGCUUUGGAACCGUUGGAUGAGAGGACCAGAUUCGUCUUGAAAUCGUGAAUCGACGGUGUGGAGUGGAAGGCGAGGUGAAACGGAAGUCGGCGACGCGUUUUGCUGAAGGCGAUAUGUAUCCUUCAGCCUUUUCGCGUUAACGGAUAGGACGGGAAGGGUUUAAGGAGGUGUGUCGGCGGACGGAGACAAAACUUCUUUCCCGUCCCUUUCAUUGCUUUCAACGUUAUGCUGCUGCCCCGUUCCCGGGACAAAGUUAUUUGGGGGCCCAAGUAAAAUGACAAAGUCGUGGGCCACAGGGACUAUAUGGGCCUGUACUUAGAAGUUUGCAACCAAGAAAUCAAUAGCUUCUUGUUUUAGCUGGUUGGGGGCCUGGCUGGAGAAGCUGAAAGCCUAACGAAGAUAGAAGAACCGUGCUCGUUUCGUACUCAUAUAUCUAAUUCAACAAAAUCUAUCAGGAAAGUCAACAAGCAAACAAUGAAAUUAUUCAAGUCCAUAAUGAACCAUUGUGCUCCGACUAAUCGAACUACAAUUUCAGUAAUUCCAUAAUAAAUCCAGGUUUUAACC